GGCUAGAGGCGAUGUUAAUUAUAGUGUUAAUUUCCAGUACAGAGCUUUGGCAAAAACCCGUAACCAAGGGAACAGAAUGCGAUUCCACCCAAAAUGGCCACUAGCACCUCCAGGCGUCCACAGGGCGGCGGUCCCAGGAAGUGGCGUCACUCGCAAGUUCCGGUUCCUCCUGUUCCAGGGCCAGGGCCGGUCUCGCGGUAACCGCGCGGUGCACGUGUGUUCUUUCGGUUCGGGUGGCGGUAGCGAUGGAUGUCUUGGAUCGGGUUGUUAUGCACUGAAAAAACCGUAUGGUGUUCUGUAUAAAAAAAAAAAUAUUACAAGACCAUUUGAGGAUCAGACAUCAUUGGAAUUCUUUUCAAAGAAGUCAGAUUGUUCUUUAUUCAUGUUUGGCUCCCAUAAUAAGAAGAGGCCAAAUAAUCUGGUAAUAGGUCGUAUGUAUGACUACCAUGUGCUGGAUAUGAUUGAAUUAGGUAUCGAGAAGUUUGUUUCUCUAAAAGAUAUUAAGAAUAGUAAAUGUCCUGAGGGAACAAAACCCAUGUUAAUAUUUGCUGGUGAUGAUUUUGAUGUAACAGAAGACUACAGAAGGCUAAAAAGUCUUCUUAUUGAUUUCUUCAGAGGCCCCACGGUAACAAAUAUUCGCCUGGCUGGUUUAGAGUAUGUUCUGCACUUCACUGCACUGAAUGGGAAGAUUUACUUUCGAAGCUACAAGUUGCUGUUGAAGAAAUCUGGUUGCAGAACCCCACGGAUUGAAUUGGAAGAAAUGGGACCCUCAUUGGAUCUGGUUCUGAGGAGGACGCAUCUGGCCUCAGAUGACCUUUAUAAGUUAUCCAUGAAAAUGCCAAAAGCCCUCAAGCCAAAAAAGAAGAAAAAUAUCUCCCAUGAUACUUUUGGUACAACUUACGGAAGAAUUCAUAUGCAGAAGCAAGACCUAAGCAAACUACAAACCAGGAAAGUGAAGGGGUUGAAGAAACGACCUGCAGAAAGGAUAACAGAAGAUCAGGAAAAGAAAUCAAAGAGAAUUAAAAAAAAUUGAUGGAACUUAGCCAAUAACUACAGUUUUACUGUAGCCUGUUUACUUAAGAGAAUUAUCAAAGCAUCAGUCAUAUCAGAGAUUUUUUUACUAGAUUUUAUUGCAUAUUUUUAUAACAUGAUAAUUUACCUAAACUAUAUGUUAUAUAAUGAACGGUAAUAUACUAUUGUUAGGUUGAAAGUAAGCUUCUUACUUGAGACAUUACACCCUGGUAUGCCAUAUUUUCUCUGUUAUAUUUCCCUCUGUCCAUUGGGUGGGUGGGUGAGUGAGAAGGGAUGUCCAGAACAACCACUGGUAUCUCAGAAUUUCUGGGUUAAACUAGAUAAAGUGAGGACGCCAUGGAAAGUAGAAAUGGCCCAAAGGAACUGUAUGUACAUUCAGUAUGACCUACCUGGAAAGUUAACCCCAUCUCCUAACAUAGACCUAUAAACCUGGAUUUAUUUUUUACUUUUCAGUUAUUUUGCCUGAAAUUCUAUCAGUUGGAGAUUCAUUUGAGAUUUUCAGCGUUGUGUCAUAAAACAUAGGUCUCUAAGAGAGAUGUUCACUACUUGAUCAUUGACAUAUUACCUUACUAUUGAUUAUUUUAAGAGAUUCUGCUAGUAAAUGGAGCCCUACCCCCCUUCUCUGAGAGAAAGGAAAUUUUGAUAGGGGUAGAAGUGAGAAAGGAGAGAAUGGGUAGGUUUUAAGACAGAGCACUUUAGGGUACUAGGUACGGUAAGCACACAUGGAGGCCCUGGGUGUUUGCAUGCAUACCUGGUAGG